AAAAUAAGUAAUAUUGAAGAUCUAAAUGAUUACUAUCUAUUCAAGAAACUCAAAAAGUUAAAGUGAAUAGCAACGGAUUUAAAUGAAGGCUGCUACCCCAGCUCCUGUUGUUCGAAACGAUGCUGCCGAUGAUGACGAUGAUGAGCCAUUGAAUGAAAAUGACGAUGAUGAUUUGGAUGAUGUGGACCAGGGAGAGGAGCUGAACACACAACAUUUUGUUUUGGCUCAGUUUGACAAGGUCACGCGUACCAAGAGCCGAUGGAAGUGCAAACUCAAGGAUGGAAUUGUUCACAUAAACAACAGGGACAUUCUCUUUAACAAGGCAAGGCAAAUGGAGAAUUUGAGUUCUAAUUUUGUUGGAGACAUGCCUAUUUAUCAUCAAGUUUUGCGGUUAAAGAUCAAAUCUGAGUUGUCUUUUGGUCCUACGUAAUUUUUUUAAUUAUUAUUAUUAAAUAGAAGCUUGAGAUUGUGCAUAAAAAAAAUGGUAUAAGCCAUUUAGGCCUUAGAAUCUAUUGAUACUCAAAACAUGUUUUAUGAAGUUUUACCAUUUCCCAGAUGGAAAUUGUAAUUCCAUUCGUACUUACAAAUACUUCGGAACUAUUUUUUUCAUGUUGACAAUCUACCAGUUGCUCCGUUUGUUCAUUUUCUUCAUGUUUUUGAAACCAAAUCAAUUCCCAAUCGCAUA